UAGGUGGUUAGGUGCAGAUUUGGGGGACCCUGGGGCAGAUUUGCGGGGCCCUAGGGCAGAUAUAGGUGGUUAGGUGCAGAUUUGGGGGUGCCCUGGGGCAGAUUUGGAGGCUCCUGGGGCAGAUUUAGGGGGCCUUUGCAGAUUUGGGGGGCCCUGGAGCAGAUCUGGGUAAUUAGGUGCAGUUCUGGGGGGGGCGUAGGGCAGGACUGGGGGCCCCUGGGGCAGAUUUAGGUGGUUAGGCACAGAUCUGGGGGAGCCCUGGGGCAGGACUGGGGUCCCGGGGCAGAUUUGGGAGGUCCCAGGGCAAAUUUGGGUGGUUAGGUGCGGAUUUGGGAGUCCCUGAGGAUGAUUUGGGGGGGCCUAAGGCAGAUUUAGGUGCUUAGGGGCAGAUUUGGGAGAUCUUGGCGCAGCUUGAGGGGCCGAGGAGCAGACUGGGGGGGUUCUGUGAGCAAUGUCAGGGUGCGGGGCUGCUCCCCAGCCAGGGCCCUGGCUCAACCCCGGGGCUCAGCCUCACCCUCCUGGGGAAACGGAGGCGCAGGGCCGCAGCCGCCCUACUGCCGCUGCUGCCCAGCCCCAGGCCAACCUCUCAGCCCUGAUUCCUCGCGGUUUUGGGACAACCGCAGGAGGAAGCAGGCGUGGGCCAAGCAGGCGGGCGCAUCCGGCACGCGGUCCCCGCCGCCGGCUGUGCCCCGCCUUUCCCCACGCAACAGUCCCCGGGCCGGCCUGCACGGUCACGUCCCUCAGGAUCGGCGACUCCAGGAACGGCCCCUUGUUUUACGCCUGCAUCAUCAGCCCUGACGAGCGGAGAGCUCCUGCACCUCGGGUUCUCUUCGACAGGGCUCUCCCUGAUCCAGACCCCGGAGGAGGAGGAUGAGGCUGGAGUUUCUCCUCUUCGUGGCGGGAGCCAUGGCAGCACCGAGGCUCUCCCCGCCGCCGCUCGGGCUCCUCUUCCAAGAGGACGGGGGUUCCCCGAAAAUCAGCUGCUUCGCCCCGCAGAGCUACACCGGCAGCACCUUUGAGCUCUUUGCGACGGGCACCGAUGUCCCCGCGCAGAGUGUCUCCGCCAACCCGGGUCAGCACAAGGUUGAUUUCACCCUGGAUGGGACCGCGCUGGCCUCCCGGUGCUACCGGUGCAGGUACCGGAGCUAUAACGGCAGCGCCUGGCAGAUGUCGGCAUUCAGCAUGGAGAUUGUGGUGAACGCCUCGGGUGAUGCCGGCUGUCAUCCCCCCCACCAGCCGCCCCGACCCGGCCGUCCUCUGCCGACCUCCACCACUCUGCGGCAAGAUCGUUCCUGGCUUCUCCCAGUUGCCAUCGGCGUGGCCGGCCUGGUGCUGCUGCUGCUGGCAGCGGCGGCGGUGGUGGCCCUGUCGAGGUGCGCCAGGAGACAGCGGGCAAAGAGGCAGCAGGCGUCUUGCUGGACGGAAACGCGGUACCCCUCCGCAGAGCUUUCCUAUGACAACUACACCUACGCCGUCAGCGUGAAUGAGCAGCCAGGAGCCGCCGGCGGGCACCGGCACAGCCCCGGUGUCCCUACAGAGAUACCCCCCAGGCGUCCCCCCCCCGCGGCACCCCACUUCAGCACCUUCAGGUCCUUGGCAUGAGCCCCCGGCGGGGCCGUGUCUGCCGGCGCUCCCCCACGGCACCAGAGCCCAGCUCCUCCUUCCCGCCGGGGAGCACGAGGAGCCCCCGGCCCAACCGCGAGGGAAGGGGCUGCGUGAAGUCAAGGUCGGUGAGGCGCCGGCACCGCCGCAGCACCACGCCGGCUGGGGGGACGUGCCGGGGGCUUCCCGGAGCUGCCCCACGAGACCCCCGGCAUGG